AAUCUUCCAUCGCCAUUGUUUGCUUGAAGAAAUCUCCAGAUGAGAGGUGCUAUAGGAAGAAGAUUAUCAAACCCUAAUAAUGUCUUUAGCCUUACAUCAAUAGUCAAGCAGACUCCAUUUCUAAUCCAACCCACUUCUCAUUUCUCCUCUUCCUCCGACGGCGCUGGCCGUGGCCGUGGACGAGGUUCUGGAUUCGGCGGUGGAGAUGGAGGAUUUCCCGCCGCUGGAAGGGGACAAUUCGGUAUCAAUCGUGAACCGGAAAGGGCUAACGAAGCGGCGGGUCACGGACGUGGCUCGUCGGAAUCGCAAUCUCCCGGUGGAUAUGGUCACGGUCGUGGCCGUCCGAUCCAAUCUGACCCGAUUUCACCUGCGUUUUCCUCUUUUGUUAGACCGGAUUCUCCUAGCGUUGGCCGUGGAAGAGGAUCCGUCGGAUCAGACCCGGUUUCACCUUUCGCUGCUCCGUCGCCUCCGCCGCCCAGGGAUCAGUCUCAUCGUCCCCAAUUGAGCAGUGAAGAGCAACCGCAAUCUCCGCCUGUCUUUGCGAAGCUUCAGGAGAUGAAGGAUGCAACAUCGUCGCCGCCGCCACCACCAACAGAGUCUAAAUCUGGGCAAACCGCUCCGCUCAACAACAUAUUCAAUGGUUUAGGAAGCGAGUUUUCACAACCUAAUCAGAGAAUCGUUCCAGGAAGUGGAGCAGGUCGAGGAAAGCCUUUUGUGGAAUCCGCUCCAUUGCAACAAGAAGAAAAUCGCCACAUUCGACGCCCUCAGCCUCCGCCGCCGCAGCAGCAGCAGCAGCGAUCGCAACCGCAACCGCAGCAUCAGCAGAAGCGGGUUCAACCGCCCAAGGAUGAAGCUCCCCGGCCGAAAUUGAGUAUUGAAGAAGCUGGAAGAAGAGCAAGGAGCCAGCUUUCACGCGGUGAAGCUGAAGGAGGCGGUUUAAGAGGAAGAGGUGGAGGGAGAGGAAGAGGAAGAGGAGCAAGAGGGAGAGGGAGAGGAAGAGGUGGUGAAGGAUGGAGAGAUGUUAAGAUGGAAGAGGAAGCUGAACAAGAGGCUAUCAGUACAUUCGUUGGUGAUUCUGCCGAUGGAGAGAAAUUUGCUAACAAAAUGGGACCUGAGAUUAUGAAAAUGCUAGCAGAUGGUUAUGAAGAUAUAUGCGAGAGGGCUUUGCCGUCUACUGCUAAUGAUGCCGUUUUGGACGCUUAUGAAACCAAUCUCAUGAUUGAGUGUGAGCCAGAAUAUCUGAUGCCGGCCUUUGGUUCGAAUCCUGACAUUGAUGAGAAGCCACCAAUGUCUCUGCGCGAGUGCCUUGAGAAGGUGAAGCCUUUUAUAGUGGCUUACGAGGGUAUCAAGGAUCAAGAAGAAUGGGAGGAAGCAAUUGAUGAAGUGAUGGCGCAAGCUCCCCUUAUUAAAGAGAUUGUUGAUCACUACAGUGGUCCUGAUCGAGUAACUGCUAAGAAACAGAACGAGGAGCUGGAUAGAAUUGCCACAACAGUUCCCAAAAGUGCACCUGAUUCUGUGAAACGAUUUGCAGAUCGUGCUGCUCUUAGUCUUAAGAGUAAUCCUGGUUGGGGUUUUGACAAGAAAUACCAGUUCAUGGACAAGCUCGUCGCAGAGGUGUCGCAGAGUUACAAAUAGAGAACUCUGGUUUCAAUUUUUUUUUAAAGGUUCAUCGCUGCCUUUGAUUCUAGAUCUUGCCUCGACUUAGACGGUACCCGUUUAUUUUCCAUGAUACGUUUCCAGGGUUUCCGUAAUAACGGCAUUGUUCUACCAAUCUUUGCAAGUCAGAGAUUAUGCUGUGCACCUGUUUGAUGGGUUUCUAAGCCUGUUUUUGGAUAUUUGUAAACGGGAAAAAGAAAGGUUUUUAUGGUUAUAGUGACUAA